GAGGAAAAAGCUGGGAGCAGGAGGAGAGGGCUCAGAGAAAGCGAGGGAGGUUGAGGGAAAGGGCUGACAGGAGAAGGAGGCUGAGGGAAAGGCAGGGGCUGAUGGAAGGGCAGGGGGCUGAGGGGAAGGGCUGAGAGAAGAGCAAGGAGCUCAGGGCAGGACAGGGGCCUGAGGGAAAGGCAGAGGACUCAGAGAAGGCCAGGAAGCUCAGGACAGGGGGCUGAAGGAAAAUCAGGGCUCUGCAGGCACCACCGUGAGCCGGAGGAGAUGCGGCGGGAGCCGGGCCGCGAGUGACGGCAGCGGGGCCGGUGCAGCAGGGCGACCCUCUGGGCACACGCCAUGUCCCUGGGCGGCGACAGCGGCCCCGGCAUCGUGCACAGCCUGCUGUGCCACCGGCAGGGAGGGGACAGCGAGGCCUUCGCCCGCCGCGCCAUCCAGAGCCUGCUGAGGAAGCUCAAGGAGAAGAGGGACGAGCUGGACGCGCUGGUGGCCGCUGUCACCUCCGGAGGGGCCCAGCCCGGCCAGUGCGUCACCGUGCAGAGAACGCUGGACGGGCGGCUCCAGGUGGCCGGCAGGAAGGGUUUCCCUCACGUCAUCUACGCGCGGCUCUGGCGCUGGCCCGACCUGCACAAGAACGAGCUCAAACCCGCCCGCUUCUGCCAGUUCGCCUUCGACCUCAAGUGCGACAGCGUCUGCGUCAACCCCUACCACUACGAGCGCGUGGGGACCCCCGGCGGCGGUCUGAGCAUCCCGCGCACAGUGUCGCCGCCGUGCCCGGUGAAGCAGGAGCGUGUCCAUGAGUGUCUGGUGCCAAUGGAGCUGCCGGAGCUGGGGGAGGAGACCCCCGGGUGCCCCCACCGAGCGCUGCCCCCCCGAGUGCCCCCCCGGAGCUGCCCGGAGCUGCCCCAAGACCCCCAGGACCCCCAGGCCCACCCCGAGCGCCCCCCAGCACAGAACGGGUGCCCCAAACCCCCCCAGCACGGUUCCCCGCUGAGCUGGAGCCCUGCCACCAUCCACACCCCGACUUUGGGGGGCUCACAGCCCCCUCCCCACCACCACCCCAGCAGCCAGAGCCACCCCCAGCACUGCUGGCCCCCCAUGCUGCAGCCCCCCGUGUCCACCCACCCUGGCCCGGAGUUCUGGUGCUCCAUCGCCUACUUCGAGCAGGACGUGCAGGUGGGGGAGAUCUUCAAGGUGCCCUCGAGCUGCCCCUCGGUGGUCGUGGAUGGAUACGUGGAUCCCUCGGGGGGCGCUCGGUUCUGCCUGGGGCAGCUCUCCAACGUGCAGCGCUGUGCUGCCAGCGAGAGGGCACGGCUGCACAUCGGCCGGGGCGUGCAGCUGGAGCGCCGCGGAGAGGGCGAUGUGUGGAUGCGCUGCCGCAGCGAGCACGCCGUGUUCGUGCAGAGCUUCUACCUGGACAGGGAGGCGGGCAGGGCCCCCGGAGACGCCGUGCACAAGGUGUACCCCGGAGCGCACGUCAAGGUGUUUGACCUGCGGCAGUGCCACCGGCAGAUGCAGCAGCAGGCGGCCACGGCCCAGGCUGCGGCCACUGCCCAGGCGGCCGCGGUGGCCGGGACCAUCCCCGGGGCGGGGUCUGUGGGGGGCAUCGCCCCGGCCAUCGGGCUGUCGGUGGCCGCGGGGCUCGGCGUGGACGACCUGCGGCGCCUUUGCCUCGUUAGGCUGAGCUUCGUUAAGGGCUGGGGGCCCGACUACCCCCGCGCCAGCAUCACCUGCACGCCCUGCUGGAUCGAGGUGCACCUGCACCGCGCCCUGCAGCUGCUGGACCACGUCCUGCACGCCCUGCCCGACGCACACGCCUGAAUCCUGCAAGAAAUGCCAAAAAAAGGAAAAAAAAUGAAGAGAAAUGGCAAAAAAACGAAGCAAAAUGACCAAAAAUUUGUUUGUUUAACGGUUAUUUAAUGGAUUGGGUCAGGCCUUGUGGCCUGGGUGUAGUGCAGCCCUCAGUGCUGAUUUCCACCUCCUGCUUUAACUUUUGUACGAAAAUAAACCAAAAAAGAAAAUUUUAAAACAAGG